UUCGUCCCUUUUGACAUUUACUCGUUUUAAAAUGAAUAAAAGGUCUGUGGGUAUUAUCUGUACGUUUGGUUGUCGUUUAAGGCGACUGUCUUCAAAUGCGCGUUCCCGCGACGAGGGAUGCUUUUCACGGCAGGGGUGCUUAACACGACACAACACCUGCAAUUUACAAGGAACUAUGUGUGAAAGAGGCUUAAAUGUACCCGAGCAACUAUUUUGCAGUGGUGAAAAGAAGGAGGGCCGCUGGAGACGGAGACGGAUACACAGUUUGAAAACUAAAGUUGACAGAAGAAAGAGUUAAACUUUGAGAUUGUGAGACUCUGUGGCUUGAAAAAACUUCAAACACAACAACAGACCAUGGCUUCUGGGAGUGUCCGUGAGAAGCUGACUCCACAAAGGUUGGCUGAGGGUAGGAGGUUGGUGGUGCCAAGACCCCCCCUGAUGGAACGGGACGAUCUUUUAUUUGACAUACUGAAGAAACGCCGGGAGGAUGAAGAGCUUACCAAAGUGCUCAAUGAACACAAACAGACAUUGAAGAGUUUGGAGCAGUGCGAAAAGGAGCUGACAGAGGAGUUAAAACGGAAGCGGAUGAAAACGAAGGAGUUACUCUCCGACUUUGAUAUGUUUCUUAAGGAUAAGGACAUUGAUCAAGCUGUUGAGAAGGAGAGGAAAAAGAUGGUCGAAAAGGACGCAGAGAUAGAGAGGCUGAAGAAGGAGCAUGUUGAACUGAAGGAGAGGAAACAGGAGGCACUGCACCAGGUGCAGAGACUCUCUGUGUGUCGGGACUUCAUGGAGCGAGUGCUCAAAAUGACCAAGUUUCAAGAUGUAAAUGCACUCGCAGAUCAUCUAGAGAAUCUUCUACACGUCCGAGACAAGCUCUCUCAGAGGGAGUGUGAGGCAGAGGAGAAGGCCGACCAUCUGAGAAAAGAGCUGCUGACACUGGAGGACCAGCAUCGCUUGAUGCUGCUACACAAGAACAAUGAGUUGUCAAAGCUCCAGAUGGAGCUAGAGAAGAAGCGCUCUGAAGCUGACAUCUGGGAGAGGAAGUGGAACCACAUCCAGGAAACCGCAGCAAAGAAAACACUCCUACUGGGACAAAUUAAGAUGGCGACCCUCAACCUCUAUGAACCAACAGGUGGGGCUGUAGGAGAAGAGGAAGGUGUGGAUAUAAAUGACACAGAGACGCAGCUGGACAAGAUCAAGAUUUUCAUCCAGGACCACGAAGACAUUGUGAAACAAUAUCAAAGACCCUCGCAGAGACACAGCAAUGGACAGAAAAGAGACAGGUCCAAAAAGCACAUCGCACCUCGCAGUAAAAAAUGUUGAUUUUUCAGUUUAACCUUAAACACGAGUUUCCAUUCUGCUUUAAAACGGAAUUCACUAAAAGUUUGUUCAUGAGUUGUUCUAAUGUAAACUCUAUGAGUUAACUGAGCUUGAAACUUGAAGACAAUGAACUUCAAUGAACUUAACACACUGAGUACAGUCAACAAAGUAGUUCCUAGUUGUAUUCACUUUGCACUUUCUGUGUUAAUUUAUUCAUUUAUUUGUUUUCAUUUUAAUUAGGAAGGCCUGCAUUGUGUGACUUGCCUAAAAUACACAGAAAUCAAAAGUUCUGUAAUUCUAUUGAAACCAGAAAAAGAGUUUUUGCAGAGUUAAAGUUAAAUAUAGUGCAUACCAUUCAUUAAUUCAGCUCAUCUUUAUCAUAAUUAACAGGACUUGAGUAUAGGUUCUGAAAUAUACAUAUUAAGUAGACUUGUUUUAAUCUGACAAAGAUAUCUAGAUACAAUAUAAGAUCACUUUUUAUUGUUAAUGGCUUGAUCCCAAGCUUCUCUUCUUCAGAUGUCCAAGUGUCCUGAGCAACCCCCAAAUGGCUCCCCAAAUGUAAGUUGCUGUGGAUAAAAGCAUCUGCCAAAUGAAUGUAAUGUAAUGUAGAUAAUUGAUCAUUCAGAACACAAAGUCCUGUGCUGCCAUCCUGUGGCCAGUAAAGAAAACAGCAACUAGUGUAACCAAUGAAUCAGUCCCUGUUUGAACUUAUUUCAGCUGAUCAGACCUGUUUUCUGUUUAAAGUUGAGUGGAGCUGAGCCAGAAAUUUGCAGCGGUCAUUAAACUUAAUGUGCUACUGUCUGUACACUCUCACGCAGUCCUGAGAACGUGGUCUAAACCGCCAAACAUCUGUGUGGAUAUCCAUUAGUUUUAAACAAUAAAAAUCUUUCAUUGUC